AGUCACACACAAAACUGUUAAAUAUAAUGACGUGCACGAUAGUAUGGCAAGGUUUCGUGCCGUUGGUGUGUGGAACUACAGUAUGUUGACCCUAGCGGAGCAUGAGAGGGUUUUGUACGUUGGAGCCAGAGAGCACAUCUUUGCCCUGGAUCCCAAUGACAUCAGCAGACAGCUCCGACCACAGAUUGAGUGGUCUGCUCCGGUGGAAAAGAAAAGAGAGUGCGCAGCGAAGGGGAAGAAUAACCAGACUGAGUGCUUCAACUACAUUCGCUUCCUGCAGAGCUACAACCACACACACCUGUACACAUGCGGCACGUACGCCUUCCAGCCCAAAUGCACCUAUAUUAAUGCAGAUCAUUUCACUCUGGAUAGCGCCGCCCUGGAGGACGGCAAGGGAAAGUGCCCCUAUGACCCCGCCAAGGGUCACACAGGCCUCAUUGUGGACAAAGAGUUGUACUCCGCCACCCUCAAUAACUUUCUGGGCACAGAGCCUGUGAUCCUGAGGAACCUGGGACAGCAGCAUUACAGCAUGAAGAGUGAAUACCUGCCGGCGUGGCUCAACGAGCCAAACUUUGUGGGUUCAGCGCUGGUCCGAGAGAGCCGCAGCAGUAAAGAUGGAGACGAUGAUAAGAUCUACUUCUUCUUUAGCGAGAGAGCAGUGGAGCUGGACUGUGACAGUGAUCUGACCGUGGCGCGGGUGGCACGAGUGUGUAAGGGAGACCUGGGUGGCACACGGACCCUGCAGAAGAAGUGGACCACCUUCCAGAAAGCUCGGCUGAUGUGUUCUUUCCCCGAGCGCCACAUCACCUUCAAUAACCUGCGUGCCGUCUUCACCUUGCCCGGGACGGACUGGAGGAGCACCAGUUUCUACGGCAUCUUCCACGCGCAAUGGGGGGAUGUGGACGUGUCUGCUGUGUGUCAGUACCAGAUCGGAGAGGUGAAAAACGUGUUCGACGGGCCGUAUAAAGAAUACAGGGAGUCAUCUCAGCGAUGGGGCCGAUACACUGGCCCCGUUCCCAGCCCUCGACCCGGAGCGUGCAUCACAAACUUUGACAGGGAAAGCGGCUACAACAGUUCUCUGCAGCUGCCUGACGCCACGCUGAACUUCGCCAAGAAGCAUCCGCUGAUGGAGGACCGCGCAGAAGCUCGCCCCCUGCUGCUCACCAAAGGCAUCAACUUCACCCGACUAGCAGUGGACAGAGUGAGCUCACUGGACCAGAGAUCCUACAACAUGCUCUUCAUCGGCACAGCGGAUGGAUGGCUCCAGCGUGUGGUGAUUCUGGGUUCAGAGGCUCAUGUGAUAGAAGAGAUCCAGCUGUUUGAUCGGCAGCAGCCGGUGGACAGCCUCACCAUCUCACACAGCAAAAAGUAUUUGUACAUCGGUUCACGCUCGGAGGUUCUUCAGCUGCCCUUGGCAAACUGCAGCCGCUACCAUUCACAGCCAGACUGCCUUCUGUCCCGAGACCCAUACUGCGCCUGGGACAGCGAGGGACGCGCUUGUGUCCGCAUCGACCUCCACCGGGGCUCCACAUCCACACUCUCGCAGGACCUCAUGCUGGAGAGGUUCAGCCGAGGAAAAGCCAAGUUUGAGAAGCCUUUCUCCAUCCCCAGUCCUGAUCAUUCUAGGUUGCGAAAUGUGACUGUGGUUGUCGGGUCGGAUCUGGUUUUGCCCUGCCAUCUGGUUUCCAACUUGGCGCAGCCUUUCUGGGAGCUCAGCGAACGUGAGCUUGCCUUGGUGGAAGGUGAGGCCCCGGGGCCGCGAUUCGACCGGGCCCUCCGUGCUCUCGUCAUUCCCCAAGCCGGGCCCCUUCAAGCGGGCCGCUACAUCUGCUACUCGGAGGAGCAAGGCGUGAAGUUCCAGACGGAAAGGUACCAGGUGGCGGUGGUAGCCAGCGCACCGGUCUUCAUGGAGGCCCGCGCUCCGGAUGGCAGCAUGGGUUUGUUCUGGGUCCUGGUGAUCACUUUGGGUGCCGCUUGUCUGUUGCUGCUCACUGCAUCUUUGUAUCUUCGUAGAAGAUUGAAGUUGGCACUGGGAAAAGGGGCGGAAAUGAAGCCACUGGAGAGCACUUUGGUGUACCCCAUUACUAUGCCCAAAGAGCCUCCGAGCCGGCCGUCAUUUGUGCCGAGCAAGAUGGCAAAUGAUGAAGAUCGCUUUUGGGAAACGGGGGCGAAUUAUUACUACUCAGACGGCUCCCUGAAAAUCGUGCCUGGGCAUGCACUGUGCUCCACCGGAAGCUCGGCACCGCCGAGUGCAAUUCCCGGUCAGCCUAUUCACUCUCCGAGCAGGCUGAGCCUCACCAACAUUCGGAGCUCAAGCGCCAACGGAUACAUCCGACUCAAUCUGAGCACGGCCACAGAGGAGAGAUCCGGCAUUGGAGCGGGAAUGGGAAUCGGGAUGGGCGGCCGAGACAGCGACUACUCCAGUCCAUUCAAAGAGGAGCUCCGGAAAACUCUGCAGCAGAGGAGCGUGCUUCCCGACGCCAAUCCCGAGGAGUCUUCUGUGUAAAUCCCACAGGAAAACGACAGAAAACCUCACCUACCUCCCUCCCGCUUGGGGAACUCUCUUCAUCCGCAAACUCUUUCUUCUCUGUCAGCACUUCCAUCUCCCGUGCCAUGAGGCCACCGUGCUUCACGACAUUCCCUUGGAUUAUUAACACUCGACCGAGCUUUUGUAAAUGUCUGUAUUUAAAGGACCAGACGACAUGGCCUCGUGUUGAUCUUGGCUAAACGCAGGUACAUCUAUGAGAGGAGCCCAACCAGCCAAAUGUAGCUGUCAGUCUGAUCUGCGCAUGGGGCAGGCGUCUGACAACAGAUCCCAAACAUUUGGCAAGCUGCAAGAGGAUGCAGAGUUUAUUUUUGACGUCUUGAGGUUGCUUGCCUCAGACACAUUUUUUGCACCCUUUGAGAGAGGAGACGAGGACAUGCAUAAACUCAAAUCAAAGCUUGAUGACAAUCACGCUCGAGGAAAGCAGAGCAGAAAUUAUUAAAGACAAGAGAGUGAGCUGCGAAACCGAAACAAGACUUGAAUACUGAACAAAUGCUUUGCCUUUCUUUCUUCGCAGCUCAGUAACUUUUUUAAACAAUGUCUUUUUUUCUGAGAAUGUGUACUGAGACUCGCAGCACUAAUAUAUAAUGAGGUUUUUCCAUGUCUGUUUAUUGCAAGGAUUUCUUCUUCUUCUUCUUCUUCUUCUUUUACGAUUGAUAGUCUCAUCUGAAAUGUGAAAGGAUUACCAGUGCUAGUAGCAUGCAACAGAAUGUUGUGCUAAGACUGUGUUGGAUGCGACAGCAAGUGCAUUAUUGUAUAUAUUUGGCUUGAGCUGCCAAAUGAAGUACAACCCCAGUGUUUGCCUACAUGAUAAAGCAGGUCAAUGAAGACACAUGAAGGAAUACGGAUGGUAAAGAAGACUCCGCCCACGUUAUGAAGCCGAAUUGUUCUGCAUGAAAGUGAUCCUUUACUGACUACAAGGAGCUGGACUUUUUGAAGAGGUCCAGAAUGAACGGCAGAGGCUACGGCUGAUCAAACACAGUGUGGGCUUUGCAACUCUUAAAGACUAAAUACAAAAACAGGGUGAAAGCAGAGGACAUUUCGUUCCGUUGACUUUGAUUGUGAAGACACAUGAAGGAGAUUUUUUGGGGUUUUUUCGUGACCCUGCGGGUGGAGAGGCACUACGAUGCUCAUCACGGAUCCAUACUUUGCUGCAUGACGUUCUGCGAAAUAUAUCGUGUCAGUUUCAACAACAAAUCAAUAGUCUCAUGUAUUUCAAAAAAGGAAGAAAAAACAGCAACAGUUUUCGUACCUGUGCCUCUUCACCUCGGGUGAAGCCAAAGCAGACUGCAGACAUGUUUCUUCUGAUUUUCGUUUCUUUUUAUUCUCUAUUUUUAUGUUUUGGAAUUUGUCCAUUGCACAGAACUCAAGUGUUGUCUGAAAUCUUGUUUUGGUGGAAUGCUAUUCUUUGUGGCAUGAGAGCUUUACGAUUUUCUCAUUCUGUCAUUGGCUCUUUUCUAGUCUACGAUCUACUGCAUAAGAGGGAAGUUUACACUUGUUAGAAAAGAUCUUUGUACUAAAAAGAGCACCGAGAAGUGUCAGAUUAACAAGGAUCCCAUCCUUUCUGCCAGGACUAUUCAGGGUGGGCUUCUGACUCUCUUGAAUUUGUGAAAUUUCUCCGUUCUUAAUUUCAUUGUUCGCCGUCUAAUAACUUAAAGUCAGACGUAUUUUCACUGAGCGACCAGAAGUGUCGCAAAUGCUUGUUUGCAUCAUGCAUGGCUUUUUUGUACUGACCAGUAUUUCCUGCUUGAUUAGAAAAACAAAAAUAAAAUACGGUCAUCGCAGUUCAUUUCAACUCACAUGGCUUUAAACCUGCUGUUACUUUGUGAGUUUUUGUAUUACGAAAAUCUCUUUUAUUGCAAUUCAAGAAAUCUUAAAAAAAAAUCUUGCUGUUAUUUUUAUUUUAUUUUCCUCUUUUUUUAGGUAAUUAAGUAACUUAUUUUGCUUGUACAAAAAGUUGAUAUUUAUUACCAUUGUACAUAUGCCCUUAUUUUUUAUAAAUGUAUAUAUCAACAGAAAAUAAAAGCAGAGAUCAGUUCACAGCGA